AUGAUUGACCGGUGGCUCGAGCCCGAAUGCCUCAUCGCAGGGCGGCGUGUCUCAGUUAGUCCAGUCUUGGCAGAGCCUUCUUCAAAUGGUACGUGCAGGAUGUGACUUUGACUCAAGAAGGAAACCGGGCUCCGCAGCAAUGGAGUCUGUCUUCUUGCGGCCUUGUUUCUAGAAGCGUCCGCGAGUCCCCGACAUCCGCUGCCCGACGGUGUCUUUCGUUUGUGGCAACAGCGCGGCGUGCAGGGACGCGAUGGGGUCCUCGUCACAUGAAGUUCUCGGCAGGGUUGCUGCUUGCGAUCUCCGUGUACCAAAUUAAGUGGCAAUCGGGGAUUCUACGUCAACUGUCUGUCGAAGACAACACAUUAUCAGCCUACUGCUAGCAGAGCAAGACCAGGUGCAGCACGGUAUCAUGUGAAUCAUCUGGGGGCCAAGUCAGGAAAUGCUUUUGGUCUGGGGUCGAAAGGUAGCACGGUUAGCGCUAAGCGACGAACCAGAGUUGAUAUGAGCGCCAUCGUGUGUCGGCAGAUGGAAGAUCGAGACUCUGAUAGACUGACUAAAGGACGGAGAAGAAACAUCGAGCGAGACCUUCCUUCCACGGACACGAUGAGAAGUUCUCUCAGUGAUUCGCGAAUGGAGGGACGGAAUGGUCUCGAGAUGACUCAAUGGGAUGAAGAAGGAGGGUCGCCAACUUCGAAGAAAACUGAGAUGAAGGAGAUAAAGGAUUCGCUGUCGCGGAAGAAAAGGAAUUGCGAGAUUUUUGGAGUGGUAAUGUCGCCUGACACUGUUGCCAUUGCGAUGGUGUACUUCGUACAAGGAGUUUUGGGUCUUUCUAGACUUGCCGUAUCAUUCUUCCUCAAAGAUAAUCUUCAUCUGGAUCCUGCUGAGACGGCCAUGUUGAUUGGCGUCACUGCGUUUCCCUGGCUGAUCAAACCACUCUACGGGCUCAUCAGUGAUGGUCUACCGUUGUUUGGCUAUCGACGAAGAUCCUAUCUGUUCUUAUGUGGGCUGCUGAAUGCUGCAUCCUGGGCUUCUCUUGCAAUGUUCGUGGACGACAAGUACGGAGCUUUGAUCUCUAUACUUCUAGGAUCUCUGUCGGUGGCUUUCGCUGACGUCGUAGUUGACUCGAUGGUUGUAGAAAGGGCUCGCGGAGAAUCACAAAAUGCUUCUGGAUCGCUGCAAUCACUUUGUUGGGGUUCUUCAUCGACGGGGGGUAUAGUGAGUGCCUACUUCAGUGGCUCGCUGGUCGAGUCAUAUGGUGUAAGGUUUGUUUUCGGUCUAACUGCCGCACUGCCUCUGAUAAUUUCUGCCGUAGCUGUGCUUGUGAAAGAGGAACGAAAGACUUCAUCGGUGAGGAAGUCAUUGGAAAAAUUAGCCCCAGAAUCUUUGGAGCCGGGUUUCUUAACAAAUGCGAAGUCACAACUUUGGUUCUUGUGGGAGACUGUGAAGGAGCCCAAUAUUUUUUUGCCUACGCUCUUUAUUUUUAUAUGGCAAGCGACCCCCGUAUCCGAUACAGCGAUGUUGUAUUUCACGACGAACAAGCUGGGCUUUGGGCCAGAGUUCCUUGGGCGUGUAAGGCUUGUGACGUCAAUAGCUUCUCUUGCUGGAGUUACGAUCUACAAUCAACUGCUGAAGGAGGUGUCGAUGAGGAAGAUGUUUUUCUGGACGACAAUUCUUGGAUCGGUCAUUGGCCUAUCACAAGUAAUUCUUGUCACUGGCUGGAACCGGGAUGUUGGAAUCAGUGAUGAAUGGUUUGCAGUAGGCGACUCUUUGGUGGGGACUGUUCUUGGACAGGUCUCGUUCAUGCCUGUUCUUGUCCUUGCGGCAAGGCUUUGUCCACCUGGCGUGGAGGCCACACUUUUCGCAGCUCUGAUGUCGAUUAGCAACGGGGGUGGUGUCGUUGGAGGUGUUCUCGGUGCCUGGCUCACUGAGGUCUUAGGCGUUACAAGUGAAAAUUUUGACAACCUGGCGAUGUUGGUAGUCUUAUGCAAUGUGACUUCGCUCAUUCCUUUGCCUUUCUUAGGUUUGUUGCCUUCCGAAGAACAGCUCGCGGCUGCCGUCGAAAAGGCAGAAAAUGCCCGGGACGUUGACCCAAAGGCCGAGUGACAGACCAAAAAGUUGAAUGCAUCACAAGAUGAUAUAUUUUAUAUGGUGUCGUCAGGCACUGCGUUCGAUCCUAACCUUGUACAAACGAGUCAUCUGAAGCUGAAGCGUAACCCCUUUAACACGCGAGGGGAUUCAACCUUCAUGGUGACUACUGUCAAAAGACAGGCACUGUCGAUCAGUCUCUUUAUACACCAGUGUGAGCACAUUUUUUAUCUGUUGUAGUUAAGAUUCCAUUCUCCAGUGUAGAAGCCGAAUCCUACUCCACCAAGUUCAUUAUCACUGUUGAUACUGAAUGGAAGGCUAUUGACUACAAGUGAAGGGGCAUGUUAGCGGUUUAGCAUAUGUACAGGUUGUACAUCUCUAUGUACACAAUUUAGACAGUAGAAGUAAAAUCGAGACCACUC